AUGUUGUACAAUGACGUCAUGCACCCCAUCAACCUCGCACGGCUGCUGUAUGAUGUACUCGCGGUCACUGUGCGCUCCUUCAGCCCUGAGACACUCGUCCGCAAGCGUGUGAAGAGGUCUUCGCGUGGGUCAGAGGUGGAGCAGCAACCGCACCACCGGGGCCGCUCACAUCAUCGCUCGAGUCGCCCAAGCAGCCGCACGGCGUCGGCCAACACGAGUCUCAACGCGUCGGCGUUGGUGAGCGGGGAGUUGCCGCCGCAAGUGCCACACCGCCACCGCAGCAGCAGUGGGGGCAGCCGACGCAGCAACCGCGAGAAGCGGAGCAACAAGGAGGGUGCGAAGAGUUGGAAGGACUGGCGCUCCUUUGACGUGACAAAGCAGGCGGUACUACUGCUACACGUCCUGCGUUCCACCCCUGUUAUGCUGCUGCAUUUUUUGUGUCAACUAAAGACGGAUGCGGUGACGCUGCCGCUGCUGCGUUUUCGCGAUCUCAGCGGCACUGCGAAGCGUCUUGUGUGCCUCAACGAGGCGGCAUUGUUUGCGCCGGACUUUGUGCUCGCCUUUGUGGUGACGCGCGUGCUGCUUAGUGUGGGUAAGCACUACCUGAUGGAGCGCGCCUUUCUGGAGACGAACCUGGUGGUGCGCAGCCUGCGCAGCCGCCGCACGUGGCGCAACGUCUCUGCGUGGGCCAUGACGCUCACCUCGCACACCGUGACGGACCCCGUGGCGUUUAGUGUGCUGACGCCAGUGCUGCUGAACCGCGUGCGGGACUUGUCGCCGGUGACGGGGCCGCUGCGCUACACGCCGGCGGGCGUGUGCCGCGGCGUUGCUGUUGGCUUCGCAGGCGUGGUGCUGGAGAUGCUUGUUGUGCCGCUCGCGUCACAGAUGUGCCAGCGGGCGGUGGUGCGCAUUGUGGACGGCACGGAGUACGUGCUGCUGCGCCGCUACGCGCGACGCGCCUUGCUGCAUGGCGCCGGCAGCACCACCAAUAGCCGCAACGUCAGUGAGAUGGGCGACCAUGAAGACCACAACAUCGACGACGACAACGGCGAUGGGCGGGACCCGAAUAGCAGCCGCCUGUCGGCGCACAGCCACCGCAGCACGGUGCCCGCGCGCGGCGACAACGACACCAGCAACAUCAGCACCAGCAGCAAGGCGGAGAGGGCGCUGCAGAAGCACGGCAGCCGCACGGCGACUGCUGGUGCAGCAGCAACAGCAAAAACAAAAAUGUCAGAAGAAGACAGGGAACGCCGCCGCCGCCGCGCAGAAAAGCAGGAGGCGGAGCGGGCGGCAGAGGCAGAGCACCGGCUUAUUAUGCGUGCCCUCAUGUACCGUGUGGCGGCCGCUCUCAUCGCACAGUGCCUCGUGCAGCACCCGCUGACGGUGCUGGCUCACAUGCUGUACAGCCGCGCGGUGCUGCACGCCACUGGACUCCUUGAGGAGUACGACGACGCCCCUGCGGUGCCGCUCACGUGGCGCCUGUUCCUGCAGCUCCUCCGGCGCAGCAGCGAUGCGGGGGUGAAGCAGAGCAGCGGCGUGCCGGCGGUUGAGGUGCUGCGCAGCAUUGGCGCCUUCAUUGGGCACGAGGUGAGUAUGGUUGGCAGCAGCAUCCGCGGCUGCUCCGCACAGGACGCCGCCAUACGUGAGCUCGUGCAGCGCGCGGAGCAGAACCGCAGCAGCAGCAGCAGCAGCAGCAGCAGCGACAACAACAUGGAUGUGGGUGGCUUUGGGAGCCGGGCCUCCGCGUUAGAGAGUGCGGAGCUCAUGGUGCGUAGCACCGCGUCGCUCUCGCCACUCUUCUGGGCGAUGCACUUCACCGCGAUCGAUAAGCUGCUCGGCUUCUAUAUGGCGGUGUGGGUGCGGCUGCGUAGGGAGUGA